AUGUUAAAGUGGCAGUUAAGAACGUUGAAUUCCUGUGUGCUACUACUCAAAAUCACGUGCAUAUUAUUAAUUGACCGCGUAUACGGCGUUGAGCAAGUUCAGUCGAAGGCAUUAAUCAACAGUUCUUUAGGCAGUACAACUGUAAGUAAUGCCCCUGUACAAUUAACAACCCUUAAAUUCAAUUCAUCUGAAACACAUAACAAUUCAACACCAUCACUAACUGCUGGUCUACCCUUAAAAUCUGAAAUCAGAACAUCGCCUACUCCAGUUGCUUCAAAUGCUUCGUCAACUGUUCAGCCUAUACAUUCUACUAAACAGUCUAUCCAGUCUACUACAUCAACCAGAGCAGUAACAACUGAACACGAUGAUUUUUUGCACCAUGAUGAUAUAGAACAAGACGAGCUAAAAGCAACAAAGUUAAAUGAAAAUCCUGUGGAUAUAAAUGACUCAAUAGAUGUACCACAAAUUGAUGAUUCGCCGAAAGAAAGUCACCAUAAUCAAAGGAUCAAUGAUAGAUAUGUUUUUAAAGAACCGUUACCUCGAAAGACAGGAGGAGACCGUAACCGACUGCUUGAUUCUGAAGAUUCAUUUGUGGAACGUCAAUAUUUUUCGCAUGUGUCUACAAGUUCUGUACUGAUAAUUUGCUUUAUUAUAAUUGUUCUACUUUUGUGUAUAUGGAAACCGCUUUGUCACAUCUUAUACGGCAUAUACGCUGGUUAUUGUUGA